GAUUUUUCCUAAAACCCCAAAAAUACAAUGGAACACCAAAUAACUCAGAAGCAUCAGCCAAAGAACAACACAACAAAGAAGAAAAACAAUGCCAGCAACAACAACAACAAUGGCAAGACCAAGUUUGUCGGAGUCCGACAAAGGCCGUCGGGGAAAUGGGUAGCGGAGAUCAAAGACACGACGCAGAAGAUCCGAAUGUGGCUCGGAACUUUCGAGACGGCUGAAGAGGCUGCUCGUGCCUAUGACGAGGCCGCCUGCCUCCUCCGCGGCUCCAACACUCGCACCAACUUCGCCACCCAGUUCCCCACCAAUCCCCAUCUCUCUUUGAAGAUUCGGAAUCUUCUUCACCAGAAGAAAAACAUGAAACAACAACAAGAACAACAACAGAAACGGAUCACUACUACCGUGGCAGCGGCCACGAUUCCCGCAUCAUCAAACGCAGUGAUACAACCAGCCGAUAUGCUGGACAACGUGUAUCGCCCCGAUCUCGCUGGCUGCAUUGCCGGACAGCCAGAAGAACACGAAGGGUUCCAUCUUUCUUACCCGUGGCAACUUCUCGCGGGAUUCGAUCAUCAAGUCCCUUCGGCUCGAGCUGCAUCGGAGACAAACCUCGGACAUCACCAUCAGUUCCAAGAUCCCGACACAACUGAUCAACAACCGAAUCUAGGGUUUGCGGAACUCCAACGGAUGAAAGACAUGGAGAGGCAGGUAUCAGCGUCGCUAUACACGAUGAGUGGAACCAACUACGACUGCAUGACGACAGAAUACGCCAUUUUCGAUCCGACCGAUCCCAUUUGGGAUCUCCCUGCGCUUUCCCAAUUGUUCUGUCCUACAUGAUCUGAUCACUUUCGUCGAUGUAAAGUAGAUAUUACAUCUCCUAUAUAUAUAUAUAUACCCGGCGUAUACAGACCAGAUUUGUACGUAAACAAAAAAUGGGGCAUUGUGUAAGGUGGUUAAUAUAUA